AUGCGAAAGUUUAGCCCUCAUACGAGAGCUGUUUUGCAACAUCAAAUACAUAAUCUUAUUUUCCAAGCUGAACUGGACUCUUUACCAAUUUCCCCUCAGGUGUUAUCACCAUCCCAACAAACAUUUCAACCUUCAACAUCUAUUUGUCAAAACUUUCGUACUUAUAAUUCACUACCGUCUCCUUCUUCGUCAAUAUCAUCAGUAGGACCUCCAUCUUGUACUCCAUCACCACUUCAAUGUCCUCAAAGUAAUAUACAACAAUAUAAUGAACAUGCACCACAACAAUCAUCCAGUGAGCACUCGAGCACCCAUAGCCAGGAAGUGCCACCCGACCACCAGGAGAUUACGUCCGAGAAUUCACUCAUCUUUCAAGUCAAUUCAAGCCAACAAACUGCUAACCAGCUAACUACAGCUACCUACUUCUCGAAAUAUGAUGAAAUAUGA